AUGGGACAGGCAACGGCAGAUCAAGCCUACUUUAUGGAGCAGGCGUUUGAAAUGGCAAGAAAAGCACUCGACACAGGCGAAACACCUGUAGGAUGCGUACUAGUCUACGAGAACCAGAUAGUUGGCUAUGGAAUGAACGACACGAACAGGUCCAUGAAUGGCACGAGACACGCAGAGUUCCUCGCCAUUCAAGAGAUGCUGCGCAGUUAUCCAAAAAUCGCUCUCCGGUCAACAGACCUUUACGUGACUGUUGAGCCGUGCGUUAUGUGUGCAUCAGCCCUGCGCCAGUACCAGAUCCGAAGUGUGUACUUUGGUUGCGGGAACGAGAGAUUUGGAGGGACUGGAAGCAUUUUGACUCUGCAUUCCGACCCUUCAAUCGACCCGCCUUAUCCUGUGUAUGGUGGGUUGCAGCGUCAGGAGGCUAUUAUGCUACUAAGACGCUUUUACAUCCAAGAAAAUGACAAAGCGCCCAAACCUCGCCCAAAGAAACAUCGAGAGCUCAAUACCAAAUUCGAUGACCCACUUGAUAGUGUUGACCGAGCGACACCUUGA